CUUUGUGAAGUACAUCUCAUACGGAUUACUAAAAAUGGCAUUCAAAUUCGCAGUCUUCGCCGCCAUCGUGGCCGUGGCCAACGCCGUCGCAAUCGGAUACCCAGGAGCUUACCCAGGCGCCUACCCAGCUGCCUAUCCCGGAGUUGCCAAGGUCGCCGCUCCUCUGGCCUACCCAGCCGUCGCCAAGGUUGCCGCCCCAGUUCUGGCCAAGGCCGUCGACGAUUACGAUCCCAACCCACAGUACAGCUACAGCUACCACAUUGCCGAUGCCCUGACCGGAGACAACAAGGAACAGCAGGAAUCCCGCUCCGGAGAUGUUGUGACCGGAUCUUACUCCCUGGUUGAACCCGAUGGCACCCGUCGUGUUGUCGAAUACACUGCCGAUCCCGUCAACGGAUUCAACGCCGUCGUCCACCGUGAGCCACUCGCCGUCAAGGCCGUCGCCCCAGUUGCCAAGAUUGCCGCCCCUCUGGCUUACCCAGCCGUCGCUAAGGUUGCCGCCCCUCUGGCCUACCCAGCUGCCCAUGUCGGAUACGGAGCUGCCUACCCAGCUGCCCAUUUGGGAUACCCAGCCUACGGAAAGGCCAUCGUCGGUUAAAUUUCUGAACCAAACCGGACCAAACCUACACCGUAAACUUUCCUUUUCCUCCAUCCCACUGCUCCUUGUAAAGUCAUUAGUUUAAAUUCUAUUUAUUUAUUUUUCUUGUUUUACUUUGAACGUAAGCACUCUCAACUUUCCCCACAUCUUCUCACGCCUAGUUCUCCAACUAUCAAAUGACUUUUCCAAGUUAUUCCGAGUUCAGCAGAACGAUGUACAAAAGAAAAAAAAUAGUGUGUUGUAAAUACAAAAACAAACCAUCUGCUUGAGCCGAGCUCAAGCAUGAGAAAAGGUAGUAACCAACGCCUUGACUGUGUGACUUAAAACGAGUGUAAAUUGUUCUAGUUAUAAGAAGACGAAAAAAAAGCAAUCGCAACGUGGU